UUUUUUUGUUGCUGUUGCCGCUGUCGGGAACUAAGAAAAGGCUGAGAUCUUUGUUGGGUCAGUAGUGGUGUGGAAGAGGAGCGGUGCGGGACAACAGGAGUGAUUCAUAGGCUGGACUAAAUAUUGAGAGCCGGAGCUCAGAGAGUGACCGUGAACACAGAAGAGCUUGGAAAGUUCACAGAGAGCUUGACAACCCAGUCUAGAUAAAUGCUGGUGUGCCAGGGACCAGGCAUUGGAUCAGUGACCCAUAAAUCCACAUGGGCUCUGGGCGCCAGAACCAAGAAGGGGCUGCCUGCUGAUGUCAUCUCGACUGUGGAGUUUAGUCACUCUGGAGACCUUCUUGCAACAGGAGACAAGGGCGGCAGAGUGGUUAUUUUCCAGCGGGAACAAGAGAAUAAAAGCCGCCCUCAUUCCAGGGGGGAAUAUAACGUUUACAGUACCUUUCAAAGUCACGAACCAGAGUUUGACUAUUUGAAGAGUCUAGAAAUUGAAGAAAAAAUUAAUAAGAUUAGGUGGCUACCACAACAGGGCGCUGCUCGUUUUCUGCUCUCUACAAAUGAUAAAACUAUUAAAUUAUGGAAAAUAAGUGAACGGGAUAAAAGAGCAGAAGGCUAUAACUUAAAAGAUGAAGAUGGACGACUUCGAGAUCCACUUAGAAUCACGGCACUACGGGUCCCAAUAUUGAAGCCCAUGGACCUCAUGGUAGAAGCAAGUCCACGACGAAUUUUUGCAAAUGCUCACACAUAUCAUAUAAAUUCCAUUUCAGUAAAUAGUGAUCAUGAAACGUAUCUUUCUGCAGAUGACCUGAGAAUUAAUCUAUGGCAUUUAGAAAUCACAGACAGAAGUUUUAACAUCGUGGACAUCAAGCCUGCCAACAUGGAAGAGCUGACAGAGGUGAUCACAGCGGCCGAGUUCCACCCGCACCAGUGUAACGUGCUCGUCUACAGCAGCAGCAAGGGGACCAUCAGACUGUGCGACAUGCGCUCCUCCGCCCUGUGCGACCGCCACUCCAAGUUUUUUGAAGAGCCGGAAGACCCCAGCAGUAGGUCCUUCUUCUCAGAAAUAAUCUCUUCUGUGUCCGACGUGAAAUUCAGCCACAGCGGUCGGUACAUGAUGACCCGAGACUACCUGUCGGUGAAGGUGUGGGACCUCAACAUGGAGAGCCGGCCUGUCGAGACCCACCAGGUCCACGAGUACCUUCGAAGCAAGCUGUGUUCCCUGUACGAAAAUGACUGCAUCUUUGACAAGUUUGAGUGCUGCUGGAACGGCUCCGACAGUGCAAUCAUGACUGGGUCCUACAACAACUUCUUCAGAAUGUUCGAUAGGACUACAUGGAGGGAUGUUACGCUGGAAGCUUCCAGGGAGAACAGCAAGCCUCGCGCCAGCUUGAAGCCUCGCAGAGUGUGUGCAGGUGGGAAGAGAAAGAAGGACGAGGUGAGCGUGGACAGCCUGGACUUCAGCAAGAAGAUUCUGCACACAGCCUGGCACCCAGUGGAGAACAUCAUUGCCGUGGCUGCCACCAAUAACCUGUACAUAUUCCAGGACAAGGCCAACUAAGGAGGCAGCGGGACCUGCGUCUCGUGCAGAAUCGCGCCUGCUCGUUUGGUGCCAGAGGACAGGCGACAUCCUCUCUGUGAAGAGCAGGGACGCCCUCCUGCCUCCGCCCAGACUGCACGGGCUGGCCGCGCGGGUGCCCGCGGGCUUCUGCUUCAGCAAGAAUGGUGGAACGUGUGCAGUACUUCAAACUCUGAACGUAUGUAUCCACAAACUUCCAUAACUUUUUUGUUUCUGUAGAAAUGGUACAUCUGACACACCAGGUAAGGUCUGGAAAGAGCCUUAACUGCAGCUGCCGCUGAGAAAGAAAAUCCCAAGGAGUAGUAACAGAAUCGCUGCUGAAAAAGUAACACGUGGUUUAAAGUAUGCCUCAAAUUCACUGCAGUUGAACACUUAACGUGCUUUUUAAACCUUUGUAACAGUACUUCGUGGGAAGAGGGUAACAGGCUUCUAAAAACUGCUGGAAUUAUAUGCAUGACGAAUUUCACUGCAUUUCAAGCCAGCAAAAAUUAAACAAUUUUAAUUAUUAUGUAAUGCCACCAGUACCUUGGUGGUUUACUUUAAAAGUAGGUUGAUAUCGGAAAUCAAGAUUUCCCAAGACAAAAAAAUACAGAGGUAACAACACUAAGUGAUUGGCGCUUGCUGCCGUGAAAUUUCACCCAGGAGCCCGAGACCCAGUCCUCCAGGGGACGGGACAGCUGGGGCUCACGUGCUGCUCUUGAAAUUAAGGUGUAUUUUGGUUACUGGUGAUACGGAGAUGCAAGAACAAAUGCCUUGUCAACUCAUUCCCCUGAAUUAAUGUUAACAGGAUGCCACGUUAGCUCACAUUACGUCGGAAAUAGAGAAUCAACAAGUCCAUUUAUUUUAAUUUAAAGGUAAUUCUAUUACUGCGUAUUGGUUGACGCAGUUCACAAACCUGAGAUGUGGAACAGAGUUGUCUAAGUAUCAGUCAGCCCUGGCCCUUAAGGUAAAGCAGUUCUAGUAAGAUGGGGUUGUAUUUACUUGUUCAACUAUUUUGACCAAAAAGUUUAAUAAAUUUCAGAUGUUUUACCAGAUUUUUUUACGACGUUUUUCCAUCUUUAAGACGUAUUUCCUACCAAACAGGAAACCAGCCUUCUGCCUCUCAGAUGGCCCCAGGCAGAAGGCGCGUGCGUGGUGGCUGCCACCGGCCGGGCGGGGGUCCCUGUGUCUGUGGGUUCUUCUCCCCCGAGUCAGGCACACGCUUCUCAGAGAUGCUCUUGAGAAACGUGUAAUUUAAGAGGUAUCUAGCAAUUUCUUCCGUUAGACACUUCUGAUUCCAUUUAAGCCUUUUUCCCCUCCUGAUGAGGUGAAAAUCCUAUGGGUUUCAGACUUGACGUUUAUUUCUUUUAUAUUCCUUGUUUAAAAAAUAUCUGUUGUUUUUCUUGUUCUUACAAAGCUUACGCCUUUUCUCCCGUUUAAAGCUAGAGAAAGCUAGAGAAAUUCUAUCUGUUCCUGAAAGGUAAUCCUGUGAGUUUUCAUCGUUCCUUAGAAUUCUGUGCUCCUGCUUGUCCUGAAGCUUUAACGCUGUCUCGGUUGAUGGCCUGGGUUGGACGCUUUACUCGUGUGUGCAUUUAGACGUGCACUUUUUAAAGAACAGUGGCGGUUCUAGAAGCCAGUACAGGACAGGACUCAGAGUCUGAUUUUAAACCGUCCCCCAGUCGUGGGUGUUCGCAGGACGAGCAGCAAACUCCCUCCCCCAUGGAGCUGAGUAGCCGUGGCCUCACAGCUGGGAGCCGGCCCAGACUGUCCCCUGGUCAGCGCGGUGGGGUCCAGGCCCCGCGGGCCGAGCCCAGGGCUCUGGUGCUGCGUGGCCGUCUGAGGAGGAACUGUCUGCACGCUUUUGUCGAAGGGGGUCCAGGAUUGGCGCUGAGGCUUUUUCUUCUGGGCGUGUCCGUUGCCCGCGGGCAGAGGCGGGUGCGCAGACCGAGCCGGGGCGGGCAGGGCCGCGCCCCUCAUGGGGAGGACGGCGCUCCGCGCGCCAAGUCCCGGUCUGAGGCCCGGUGCUGCCCCGGGGUCAUGAUGGGGCGGCGGGGGACAGUCCUCCCAUCAGGAACUGCCCCCUGGGUGCUGUGCCGGGAGAAGCUUCCACAGGUGCUGGGGGGACCAGGGAGGGAGGGAGGGGAUGCCACACGGGGCCCACCCCGCCGGGGCUUCUCCACGGGGGUGUGGUUAGGGCGGGGACAGCGGGGGGUCGGGUGGGGCCUGACCGGUGCGUCCCACGGGGCUGGUGACAGCCCUCCUGUACCGGGCUCCCCAGAACCAACCCAGCGGUGCUCGCCGGACGGACACGCCACAGCGUGGCGUCACCGGGGUCCGUGUCCCACCCGAGCCCUUGGUGGAGAGCUGGUGAGCCGGGGGAUGGAGCGCCACCGUGAUCUCUUAGGAACCGUGGCGGCCCUGACAUCACGCGGAAGGGGGAAUUGGAGACCUCAGGCGCUCUGCUCAGCUGUCGCCCCUCUCGACCGGCAGCCCCUCCCUUCACGCCACCAGCUGAGUCCCGCGAGGGGCAGAGUCACGGCGGCGGGACGGGGGAUGGGGAACGGGCAGCUGAGAUCACAGGAGUCCCGGCUGGGGGGUUGGGGGGUCCUGAAGCAUCCAAGGUGACAGCCGCAGCCCAGCCUGACCCCCGCCUCUGCGCCCCCCCAGGACCCGCAGAGCCCGUCCCGGGAAGGCUUCCCUCAGCUGCCCCACAUCUGAAGAGUGAGGCCUGGGGCUGGGGCCCACAAUCUCCUGCGACCCUGUCAGCGCCCGGUGAGUGACUGAGAGGACUUGCUGGUCCCAUUUCCCUGCUCACCCUCCGGAGGGUGAUGCCAGCAACCGGAACCUUGGGGGUCAUGGGUUCGAGCCCUGGUCCGGGAAGAUCCCGCAUGCCGCGGAGCAACUAAGUCUGUGCACCACAGCUACUGAGCCUGCGCUCUAGAGCCCACGAGCCACAACUACUGAGUCCGUGUACCACAACUGCUGAGCCUGCUAGAGCCCGUGAGCACAGCUACUGAGCCCGCGUGCCACAACUACUGAAGCCCGCGCACCUAGAGCCCAUGCUCUGCAACAAGAAGCCACCGCAAUGAGAAGCCCGCGCACUGCAACGAAGAGGAGCCCCUGCUCGCCGCAACUAAAAGAAAGCCCAUGCGCAGCAACAAGGACCCAACACAGCCAAAAAUAAAAUAAUUUUAAAAAAAAAAAAGAUGUGUGUUCCGUAAGGAUGGGAAGUUAAUUUGUUAUUCCAAGAACUAACUUCCAGGGAAAAUUUGUUUUCUAAAAUCUGAUUAUCUGAAUGCAGUGUAAAUCUACAGUUCUUAUGAGAAAUGUUGUUAGGUUGUUUUUGGUUUUCUUUUUUGAGGUGUAACUGACACAACUAUAUGAGUUUAAGGUGUACAACAUGAUGAUUCAGUAUUUGUAUAUGUUGUGAAGUGACCACCACAGUGAGUCUAGAUAACUUCUGUCACCACACAGGAAGUUUUUUUUCUUGUGAUAAGAACUUUCAAGGUCUCUCCUAGCAACUUUCCAAUAUGUGAUAGUUAUUAACUAUAGUCACCGUGCUGUACAUCUCCAGGACUUAUUUCGUAACUGGAAGUUUGUACCUUUUUACCUCCCUUCUCUCUCUCUCUUUCUCCCUCUCCCUCCCCCCCCACACAAACACACAUAAGCACACACAUAAAUACACAUACUUACACACACACACACUCACACCUGCCUCUGGCAAACACCAAUCUCUAGCUACAAGAUUGGCUUUGUUUUUCUAGAUUCCACACAUAAGUGAGAUCAUAUGGCAUUUGUCUUGGACUCACAGCAUGAUACUCUCAAGUCCAUCCACACUGUCUGAAAUGGCAAGGCUCCAUUCUUUUUAUUGCUGAGCGAUGCUCUGUUGUAUAUGUACCACGUCUUCUUUAUCCACACACCCACCAAUGGACACCUGGGUUGUUUCCAUAUCCUGCCAGUUGUAAAUAGUGCUGCUAUGAACAUUGGUGUGCAUGUAUCUUUUCAAAGUAGUGUUUUCAUUCGUUGGAUAAAUACCCAGAAGUGAAAUUGCUGGAUCACAUGCCAGUUCAACUUUUAAUUUUUUGAGGAACCUCCAUCCUCUUUUCCAUAGUGGCUGCACCAAUUUACAUUCCCACCAACGGUGCGUGAGCGUUCUCUUUUCUCCAUAUCCUUGCCAAUACUAUUAUUUCUUUUCUUUUUGAUAAAUGUUUUUUCUUACUUUAAGUAUUAAACUGGUAACACCUGUACAAAUUUCAGAACUCUUUAAAAGGACGAUAGCGAAGUGUUGCCCCUUCCACUGAGCCUGGUGGUAUUGAUAACUCGUUAGUCUUGUCUUGGGCCACACUUUUUCUUAUUCAAACACGAACAUGACAUAUUCCCCUCCCCCCGUUUUUGCACACAAGGUAGCGACCUGUCUACACCUGCAUUUCGCUCUGUCCACCGCACGGUGGUCCUGGCCAUCUCCCCCCCGUUGGGAGGAAACGUCCAGUACCACGAGGAUGCAGGAGCCAGACUGGGGGGGCAUUCCCUGCCGGUCCAGGGAUGCUAUCUGAGUAAAAAGAUAUUGUUUAUUUAUCUUACUUUUGUAACAUCUUAUUUGGAAAUAAUUUUAAAUCAGUUGCAAAAAUUGUAGAGUUCCUGCCUGCCCUUCGCCCAUCACCCAGGUUUAAUUAACACCACGUAAAGCGGGUGAAGUCACCCCACAGUACUUGUAGCUCAUCCACAAACCUUCGUGUUUGUUUUCCCAGUUGUCUUUUUCUCGCCCGGGAUCCACGAUGCAUUUCAUUGCCGCAUCUUGGAAUUUUUUUUUUGGCUGUGUUGGGUCUUCGUUGCUGCGCGCGGGUUUCUCAUUGCGGUGGCGUCUCUUGUUGCGGAGCGUGGGCUCUAGGAGCGCGGGCUUCAGUAGUUGUGGCGCACGGGCUUAGUUGUUCCGCGGCAUGUGGGAUCUUCCCGGACCAGGGCUCGGACCCGUGUCCCCUGCAGUGGCAGGUGGAUUCUGACCCACUGCGCCACCAGGGGAGCCCACUCCGUAUCUUUCAAUCUCUAACAGAUCCUCAUUUCCUCAUGACCUUGACCUCAGACAGUUAUUUUGUAGAACCUCCCCCAAUUUGGGAUGGCUUGAUAUUUUCUCAUGACUAACCUACAGUUAUACAUCUCGUCAAGAACACAGAGAUGUUGGGGUCAGAUCCACGGUACCCUAGGUUCCCUUGGCGGUAAUUUCCUGGGGAGGCAGUGACACCGGGCCCACGUUAGCAGCUGUCUGCCUGACGGUCACUCGUUCUCUCAUCCCGUUUAUUAAUUAGAUUCUGUCGGGAAGAACUGUCCCUUCCCCCACUUACUUGGUCUCCAUCAGUGUGGACUUGGGGAUCCUGCUCCAGUCUGGUGACAGCCCAUCACCACCAGGAACCUGUUACCAGGCUGACCCACUCUGAGCCACUGCAGGUCCCUCAGGUUGGCUCCGUGUCCUUCACCUCAAGCAUGGCCUCACCUCCUGGCACCACAAAUGUUCCUCAUGCUGCCCUGGAAUUCCCACUUUUCCAAGGAGCUCUGGUUUAUGGGAGAAUGGAUUCGACCCCCAGGAUCUGUGUUAUUUUAAUCCAAAAUUGUCUGGAUAUUAAAUAUUCUGUAAACUCGCUAUUCUGUGAAUAAAAUGAAUGAUGCUGUUACUUGCAUUAACAUAAGGGGUGUGUGGAAAGGCUGUCGCCAUUCUGCUAUCCUCUUGCCCAAAAGGUCAAAACAAAAAUACAUAUAUAGUCACACAUUUUAAAAGAAUCAAACGUCCACUGGAAUGUUGCAGUGGGAGGGGAAAACCUUGUGAUCGGCUGCGGCAGGCACUUCCGGCCGCCAUCACGCAGCUCAGCCUGUGCCCUGGGGAGCGUCAGUAACAGGGCGGAGAUGGAAGGAAGGAUACAUAACGUGGAGGAGAGGAAUAGAGUAAUAAUCCAGCUAGAAGCCGAGAGAGAACUAAGAUUUUAAAAAGUGAAGAAAUCAGACGACAGCUAUUGGAAUCAAUCAUAAACGAAAACUGGUCUCCAGAGAAGGAAGGGAGCGAGGCCGCGGGUGGGGGUGGGGAGCAGAGAUUACACUUGAUAGCUCAGAACUCCCCAGACCUGGGGGAUGCCUUGCAUAUCAAUGCACAGAGGCCUUCGUCAUGGGCCGGGUCACCUGAGUGAUGGAGUCACAGAGCUCUCCAGGGGUGCUGGCUCUGAGGACGCUUGGCCUUGCUGCAAGGUCCUGAGUGCAGCCUGUGCUCGUGACACUUGAACCGCCACCAUUUGCUGUUAAAAGGGAAUCAUCCCCCGGCCAGAGUGGGUCGGUGGGAUGCAGGCUUAAUGUUUUAGGGAUAAAUUACAUAAAGAAUCUUGAUGCCAUUCCAUCAGCCGUCUCCAGAUGAAAGGGCUGUAGCCUCUACCUCCAAGGUAAUUGUUCAAAUAGAAACAAAUAUUUUAAAAAUUAGAAUGUUACAUUUAUUUAACACAACCGAAUUUAGUGUGGAAAAGUGAAACAAAUACAACAGCAUUUAUACAGUAUAUCAAAGGGGCGGCCUUUAAAAACCAUGCAGUGGGGAUACACCUGGUUUAAUGAAAAAGCUUGUGUGACGUACGUAAACACCGUAACGAAGUAUUUGGCAAAGAUUCAUUUGUUUUCUAUUUCCAGGCUUCUAAAGUAGACGCAGAAUAGCUUAGAAUAAAGCUGAUCCUAAGAGCACACAAAACUGAACACAAACAGACUGAAUUAGCAAUCCCGAGAUAAAAGACACUGAUCAUCCGGCGGUUGCCGUCCAGGGCGGUCGUAAGUCUCAGCGAGAGUCCCUGUGCUGCACAAGGUGCCGGUGUGGGGACGACCUGGCCCACCCGUGUUGCAGCCUGGAUUGUACAUGUCACGUCACAAAGAACCACCAGCACAGAGAGAGCUGAGGGGCGUCUGUAGUAGACGGUUGCAUCCACUUACAUACGGUCUACAACAGGGUUGUAAGGCCACAGUGUUUAUUCGGGAUAAGCCCUCAUGUAGUCCUUUUAAUGCCAACGGUAUUCGUUCUUUCAAAAUACAGUGUUUAACUCAAUCAAGGUUGCAGAUAAUGUGUUAAAGUACUACAUACAUCAUGGAUACGUUAAAAUUAUUUAUACUUAAAUAUUUAUAAUAUCCGAAGAAAGAUUACCACCAAAUUAUUAAUAGAUAUUAAUCAAUGACAGGCUUAUUACUUUAUCCCAUAAGUAUGAUUAUGGGAGAGCAUGGUCUUAGUCUUUAUUUUACUGAGUUAGGAACGUGGCAUUUACAGAAGAAAUGACACAAGUGAUGCAGCCACCCAAGGACCACGACAGCCUCCUCUGUACGCUGUGCUGCGGACAACACACACCCCCACUACAUGAGAAAGCCGGACGCCAGUUCUUCAUCAAAACGUGCUGGUGGAUGUCGUCAGGCGCCUUCCAAUGUAGAUCCUUAACAGAAAAAGGAAUUGGUGGUUAACGUGGUCUCGCAACUCCCGGGCAAGUUUGCACAGCUGAGACGGCAGCUGACGCUGGUCCCAGCUUAUUUACGUAAGGGGACUGGCUCUCUUACACCCACUGUUAAAACUUGGGUUUUAUUCUUCAUCAGUGUGUAUACAUUUCAGCAUCUCAUUUAGAAGAAUCCAGUUGUGCUCUAACAGCCAUGCAGUGGAUACACUCAAUACAAGCACAAAGGAGAGGAUUCUACCCAACCUGAAAUGCCAGUACUCCCAUCACUGUUUUUUGAACUGACCACACGCUGCUAGAAAGUUGCCUGCAGGACAGGUGAUAGCGCCAAGUUUAUCGGCACCAACCUCACAAAGAGCCCUGCUGAGCAGUGAAGCCACGCCCCCAGGAGCCCAGAACUGAGGGGCAUAUGGGCAUCAGAGGGCUGUCCAGGCAGAGGGCGCUGGGGAGGACGUCUUCAGGCCUGCAGCCCAGCACGGGGAGCUUCCUUAGAGCAACUGGUCGGGGUGGGUUUUAUCAUCCUGACCGCUUUGGAGGCUGGUAAGAAGGGCAGACCCCUGCUGGGGGCUGGCUGCAGAAAUCCAUCUUGACCUCAAACCGGCAGAGGCCCCCACAGAAUCUGACUGCUAGUUGUGGAGGAAGCUCCAGAAAUCAACCUCCCCGCGUGAGACUGGCAGAGUCUGACUCUGAAAAGCACUGUGCUGAGAGGGAAGGCCAGGGCAGAACCAAGAGGGAGAGGCCGGGGGCCUGGCCCCGCCAGGGAGCCCUCUCCCCGGGCAGGCAGGACUGUGGGCUGGGGUUCGGGAGGUCGGGAGGGGCGCUGCUCUCGCCUCCCAGAGCAGGCGGGCUGGCGUCUCCUCUGCCACAUUCACGAAGCCUGCGAUGGCGCCAGCCCCCGUCAGGAGGCCAUCUCGAGAAUCCAGACGCCCAGGAAGCCGCAGCCACGGAAGCCCGUCCCUCCGCACCAGGGCCAGGGGGACCCCCCGCCCGCCUGGUCAGAGGCUGGGGACGAGCCCCCGAGGGCAGCUUCGGGCUCCUCAGCACGGUCUGGGCUCAGCGUCUCCGGGGCCCAGGCUGCCCCUCUGUUCCGCACGGUCGUCAGAACUGGCGCCCUCUUCUCACUGCUGAGUGGACGCCAACAGACACGUGCAGCCCGCGUUACUGACACCGCCCCCCUGCAGCCGCCCCGCGAGGAGUGAGGCUGAUCCGCACCUGCGUGCAGCGGUCCAGGUCAAGCAGCCAGACGAGCACCCCUGCGCGCGAAACCAGCCUCUGCUGCCGGACGCUCGGGGCAGCGCCGCCCCGGCUCUCGGCCCUGGGCUCUGUUUCUCGACCGGGACGGGCUAUUUCACACGCCCACGUCGCCCGUGCUUCUAAGACCUAGAAGGACCCCGCGCUGUGCCGUCCACACGGGCAGUCACUUACCCCAACCCGAUGGCCAGCAGAUGGGACAGCAGAAGAGACGGCAGAAAAACUUUGAGAAACUCCGCCGAGAAGAUGCCCCCUUUCUUCAUGACGCUCGUGUUCCGCAUGCUGAGCGUGGGCGCGCGCUUCGGGCGCUUGAAGAGGAGGAACUCCCUGGGGGAGAGGUGCUGGUCAGCGGAGGCGUGCCGGGCCAGCCGGGCCAAGGCAGGCCCCCGGUGCAAACACUCACUUGGUCGGGGGCACGUUUUCCGGCCGGCUGGACCAAUCCCAAAUCCAGUCUGAGUUUUUCUUCAAGAUGCUUUCGACUUCCUUCCUCCUCUCCAUAUAGUCUUCCUCAGACUGGGGCAGAGCGAAUGGUGAAAGCGAAACGGUGCCUGCCGCACCUGCAGCAGGACGCUCACCUCCCACCCAAGCAUCGGACCAGCAGGCGGAGCUCGCAGCCCAGCCACGGGGGGAGGCGAGGGCUGCACCCCCCGGCUCUCCUCCCUCCUCCACACACAUUGCCGGGCUGAAGGCCCGACUCAGACUCGAAGAGCUGCAGACACUGCCCCAAGGAAGCGAUGCCAAAUGAGGACAGACGUCCAGAGAUGGAAACGGAAACCAUCUAAAAUGGCCCAAAACAGGGAUGUGCCUAAGCAAGCAGGAUACUGCACGGCAAUGAAAGCAAGACACACUUUCAUGUUAAAUGGGAGAGAAAAAAGCCAAAAACUUACGUGUACCCCUGAUUGCAGCUACAGUUUUUAAAGUAUAUAAUACACUCAUUAAAGAGCUUUUAAAAGCUG